GGAUGCACAGUGAGAAAACAUAGAUUUAGGUCAAAAAUAUCGAUAUUUUAAAAUUAAUUGAUUUUAAUAGUUUAAAAUGUCUAGAAUACGAAUUCCCUAUCAGAAUACUAAAAAAAAUACGUUUUAUACAUCAAUUUUGUAUUUUAAAUGUAGAUAUAUAAGCAAAAUUUUGAUGUUUUGGUGAAAAAUCAACAUUUUGUAAGCUAUAGUUGAUAAGCUAAUGUACGCUCUCAUCCCUAACAGAUGGUAUCGAUACAAAGGUCUACUUUUCUAGUUCCGAUUAUGUGCAUGGUUUCUCAUUCUAUAAAUAAAUAGUACUGCAAUAAACUUUCAAAAUACGUCACUACCUCUUUUUUUUCCCUAUAUCCUCAUAUACACACCCACAAAGCCAUAUUUACGCAUGCGCACCAUCAAAGCUUCUCUGGUUACUGUACAUACACGCAUGCGCACUGAAAAAGCUUCCGUAACAACAAGUAUGCACGCAUGCGCACAUGACGUGAACCGGUCCUUCUUCUGUAAACUUCACAUCAACAAUCGAUUCAUUAUUGAAACUCAGAAAUGCCAACAAAAGGUUAUAUGUUUGGAAAGAAAAAACGUUACUGUAAGCCUAGAGGACGACAUGCUUCAAAGACAAAUGCACAAUUACAAAGCUCUGUUUUGGAUACAGCUGGAUCUGAAGCAGCAACAACACAGCCUGCAAGUGCAGCUGAGCGAAAAAUAUCCCUAACUGCAGUUACUAACGCUGAUAACACCAAUAAGAGGCUGCCUGAAGAUUUCAUAUACGUCAUGAUGAAUUCAAUGCAAUUGACCACAAUGGUCUCCUUGUUGUGCUGUCCACAUUGCUUUGACAACAAAUUAACUAUGUGCAUCAAACUUCAGUGGCUCAGCAAAUGCAAUGGAGGCCGCAGCAGCAUCCAAAAUCUUUUCGCGCUCUGUGGCAUCCAGAAAACUUGUUUAUGGCACGAUGCUGUGUGAUGGCGAUAGUAAAUCGCAUUCAUCUGCCAUUACCAACUCAGGAUAUGAUGUAGAAAUCUUAAAAGAGGACUGCAUUAACCACAUCUCAAAAAGAAUGUUUAAUGCUUUGAACAAUUUAAAAAUGUCUAACAAAAAAGAACUAAAUUAUAGGCUUACAAAGCCAAAAAUUGAAAAAAUUACAAAUUACUAUUCCAAAGCUCUGCGCCAAAAUGCUCCCGACAUUCAAAAAAUGAAGCUGGCUGUUAUGGGCUCAUUUUUUCAUAUGAUGAGCUCAGACCUAGAUCAUAACCACAGGUUGUGUCCUGAUGGCGCUACAUCUUGGUGUCACUUUAAGAGAUCAGAGGCACUAAAACAGCCAUAUAAAAAACACAACCAGACCAUCACAUCAGAAAUAGGUAAACUGUUAUUUCCUAUAAUGAAAAGACUAACAGACACAGAUCUGUUAAAAAGAUGUUCUAGAAUGGGAACACAAAACGCCAAUGAAUCUUUUCAUUCCCUCAUUUGGCAAAGAUGCCCCAAAACAGAAUUCGCAACAUUAAAAACGGUAAGGGCUGCGACAUACCUUGCUGAUUUAGCCUUCAAUAAUGGACCUGUUGGCAUCAGAUCAGUUUUUGACAUAUUAGGCAUUCCCUGGACACUAAAGAACAUUUCUUCUAGUGAGAAAAAGCAAAAUGUCAAACUACAGCUUGUUAGAAAAAGAAAAUCAAUCGCAUUAGUGUCCAGGAGAAAAAACUUGAAAAAACGAAGAAUUGAGCAUGAGCACCGGGCAGAGGUUCUAGAAGGUCCAACCUAUCAAUCAGGCCAUUUUAAUGAAUAGUUUUUUUGUUUUUUUUAUUA